UUAUUGAAAGAAAUGCUGAUGUGGAAGCCGGUACAUCAGCGUUAGCGGACUACUGUUGGAAAACACAAGCCAAGAAAAAUGGCGGGUGCGAAACUUUACGGUGGCAGUUGUACGGUGUCACUCUGCUUCUCAAAACCAACAACCUCAGCUAAACCGCCGUUCGUGUUAUUUGACUCGUCGCCUGAACUCCGCCGUCCUCCUCCUUCUGGCCUACGAGUCGUGGCUAUGACCAUUAAGCGAAGCCCUAAGCGUCUCAAAUACUCCACUCCUCGUUUCACUAAGGAGGAUGAAUUGCUUUAUGUAGAAGCUGAUCCAUCAGGAACAGACAGUUGGAAGUUAGAUUCAGUCGUUGAACUUUUGAAGGCGGGAGCUGUUGGUGUCAUUCCCACGGAUACUGUGUAUGCAAUAGUCUGUCAUUUGAAAAGCCACUCAGCCAUUGAACGUCUGCGCAGAAUAAAAAAUAUAGAACCUUCCAAGCCUCUCAGCAUGCUAUGUCACUCUUUGCGAGACAUUGACAUAUAUACAACUGGCUUCCCUCGCGGUGAUGGGCAAGGACAUGCAAACAUAUUCCGAGCUGUCAAACAUUGCGUGCCUGGACCUUACACUUUCAUUUUAACUGCAAGCAAAGAAUUACCUAAGCAGUGUGUGAGGUAUGGGACUACAACUGCCAAAUAUGCUUCAAGGAAAAAUGUUGGCAUUCGUAUCCCUGAUGAUGCAAUUUGUCAAGCAAUACUAGAGAAGAUGGAUGCACCACUUAUAUCAACAAGUGUCAAGUGGCCCGAGGAUAAUGCGUGGAUGCUAGAUCCUGUUGUUAUAGCUGAUUUAUAUGGACCAGAGGGUCUUGAUUUUGUUGUUGAUGGUGGUUUAAGGGUGGCUGACCCAUCCACUGUGGUUGACAUGACUGGAGUGUUUCCAAAAAUUAUCCGGCAGGGGAAGGGACCCAAACUACACUGGAUGGUAGCGGAAGAUGAUGCUGAGAACAUAAUCCCUUCUGCCUCUUAGAUGGAACUUGUUUGUACAGAACCACCUUCCACGUAUUUUUGUCUCAUUGGUCAUGCGGCAGGGCCAGUUCUUUUUGAUGGAGGGAUUUAGCAUCUUUUGUAAAUCUGCUAGUUUACGACUUAACAUCUAUAGCAAACAACUUUCUAACAAGAGAGUUCAUGGUUAAAAGGCUCUAAGCCUUACUUUUAGCGUUCAUGCCAAGAUUUCCGAUGAGUUUCAGGUCAUCGAUCUCAAAUGUGGCUGUAUAGAAAAUCUAGUGUUUCAGGUGAUAUGUAGAUACAAAGGGGACUCGGAUUACUUGUUGGAUGUGGAGAAAAAUUCAAAUUUUCAUUAAUUCAACUUUUUGCCA